AAACAUGCGCGACGUCCGAAGCGCUGUUGUUGCACAGCACAGCUACGACGUCCCGUAAUGAGUCGCGCUCGUUGUCCCCCGCGUGUCCCUGCUCAGUAGAUGCGAAAACACGCGCCGGGAGUGACACAUAGGAUAGGUUUUGUGCCUGGAGAGUAUUAUAGGAAAUGGUUAGUUAGUAGCGAAAUAAAUAAUACACACUACUGUAGCCUAGCGGCUCCGGACAGUAGGAUCCCUACCGUGGCUCUUCUUUCCCAUUUACGUAUAUUUUAAUUUGACAGCACCGGCGUUUGCCCUGAAAUGAUGAACGCAGGAAUAGAAGGCAAUGAAUGCCGAAGGAAGAAGUGUGGGCUGCCGUGAGAACGUUGAGAGGCACUACUUUGCAGCAGGUGAGCAGCAAGAAGGGAGGACCUCAGAGACGGAGAAAACCGCACAAGAAUGUCUGCUUUGUACUGCGGCCAUGACGGCGUCAUGCACUUGAAGAAGAGGAAGGCUCGCUUCACGUUCAGCGAAGUCCACAUCCUUCUUGAUGAAGUGAGGAAGAACAGGCAUAUUGUUGUAGGAAAAUUCAACCGUGGUGUACCAACAGAUGUAAAGAAAAGCACUUGGGCAGAGAUUACAGCCCGUGUUAAUGAAAUUGGUGAUUGCCAGCGGGAAGUUAUUGAGGUGAUCAAGAAGUGGUCUGACCUCAAAUGUGACACCAAACGCAAGGUGGCAGCCAUGCGUGCCGGAACCGUCCCGUACAAAAACAUCAAUUCACGUCUCUCCAGGGACCUUUCUCCCAUCGAGAACAUUGUACACCAAAUUCUAGAGCUGGAUGGAAAACGUGGGAGACUGCCGACCUCUGACAAGAGCCGCUAUGCAAACAUAGCAGAAGACGACGAUGCUGGAGAUGAAGAGGAAGAGGAGGAGGAGGUUAUGCUUGGAAUGCCACCCUCCUCUGUUCGUGCCUCUCCUAAUGGCAGGUUGGAUGCAUCUACAAGGCCUCCACCACCACAUUCCCUUCUAAAGUCUGUGCCUGUGUCUGGAGCACUUCCAGUCACCAUGGCCCCAUCCUCUUUGUCCCACAAAGAAGACCAUGUCACACCAGCUCCAGUGUGCUGUGGGCCACCCUAUCCACAAAUACAGCCGCUGGACUCAGAUGAGGAGCAACAAGAGGACACCUUGCCGCCCUCCAACCCAACAGAGGAGGAAGAACUUUUAAGCAGCCUGGGUCCAUCUACCAACAUGGCUAACACCACUACUGCCAAUCCCACUCCGUCCUCAUCCUGCUCAUCAGUGCCAAUCCAACAGCACUUGAGUUCACGUGACAGGAUGCUCCACAAUGCUUCUCUCAGCAUUCAGGAGCAGCACACCACCAACAUGCUGCUGGAGACGGUGUCACGCUCCUUGGAGCUGCUCUCUGAGUCUGUGCAGCAGCUGGCAGAGACGCAGCAGGAAUUUGUGCGUGACUCAUUGCAGCUGCAGAGAGAGACCGUUCUCAUCCUGCGAGAUUUUGCAAGCGGGGCUUUAUCACUCAUGCAUGACAAGCUCAACGGUAGGCCAACUAUUUAACUGCUGUCCAGAGGUCCAUGAACUGCACAGCUGGAUCUUGGAAAAUGUAUGCAAUGUGUGAAAGUGAUUUCCGAAAUGAUUAACAACACAGGGAUACAUUUGUCGCGUACAAAUAAGCAUUCUGAGUCUAUAAAAGGUCUUAAAACGUAGUAUGGAAUAUGAUCUGAGCGAUUUUAGAUUUCAAGCGACUACAAAGCAGGUACACUGUGGAAAAAAAUUCCAACCAUUAGGUGCCGGAGUUCAGCUGGUUUGAAUCUCACUUUACUCAUUAUCAUGUAUGAUAGUCGCAUCCAGAUAUCUUAGUGAAGUGCAAAAGUGCUGCAAGCGUGAAAUUAUGGCGAUAUGAUACACCCUUUUUAAGUUCUGCAUUAGUCAGCCGGACAGCUGCAAGCCACACUUCUCUUCCAACAUAGAGACAAAGACUUCAGUGCAUCUUUUCAAGUACCGUUUGUUUCUUUUAUAUUGUGGAUCUCAGCCCUGGUCUUUGCAGGCAGUUGCUAAAUUGUUUUAACUGCACCAGAAUUCAACUACUGAAGCAAACACAUAAUUGAGGAUUCUAAAUUUGCACUGCUCUAGGGAUGUCCUAAUAAAAAUUUACCAGUACUUUUGCAAAUGUUUCUGCACUCUUAAACUGAAGUGUUUUGUAAAGUCAUUACAACAGUUAACUCAAUUAAUGAAAACUUUCACAAACACAAAUUUAUGCAGUUCUACUUCCAGUUCAUUGGUGCUUGGGGGAGGCGAGGUGAGGCGACAGGUCGGUGUUGGGGCUUCACAGGUGCUUGGGUUAGGGUCAUGUUGGUGGUUUGUUCCCUCCCCCUUCUUAGACAGCCUUUCUGUGGUCAAUGGCACACAUUUUAUUAGGUAUAUGAAAAGCAGUCAUAUUAUGGGUCAGCAGUGUGGUUGGUGAAAAAUAGAAGACAAAUGUGAGGAUCAACUUAUCAACCUUUGCAAAAAAAUCUUCAGAUUAUUUUUGUCUCUCAGCAGACAUCUAUCUUCCUUGUGAGUUUAAACAGGAAAUAACAGGUGAGUUGAGGUGUAUUUCCCACCCUUGCACUACAACAGGCUGUCAGAGCAACUUAAAUUUAGUAUAAUUUGUGGUGCAGUGUUCACUAGUUUUUAUAGAGCUUUCUAUAUGUAAUAUAUAAAAAUCCAAAGUGACAUGUAUACUAGUUUUGCUGAAAUAAUAGGAAGUGGGUUUCAUUGUCACAAGACUUUAUUCUGCAUGAGCAAAAGCCACAUAUCCUCUCAUACUCACCUCUUCACUUAAAGAUGUGUUAAGCUGAUCAGUUUUCUCUUUAUU